GCAGGGCAGCGGCUGGGAGACCGCGAGCCCCGGUGCAGCUUUCGCCCGGGUGCCGAGCGCGCCCCCAGCCCCGCGCCCCCGGGAGCGAGGCCGGUCGGCGGCCGCGCCGGAGCCGGUGCGGAGGGGGCGGGAGGCGGAUGCGGGUCCGCGCGGGCGCCGCAUCCUCCGCUCCAGCCGAGUCGCAUCCGGAGCGCCCGCAGCUCGGAUCCGGGGAGGAAGAUGCUCCGGGCGCCGGCCGUGCUGUGCGUGUGCGCGGCCGCCUGGUGCGCGCAGGCUCUGGCGGCGGCCGCGGGCCGGCCGGCCGGCGGCAAUUUUCUGGACGACAAACAAUGGCUCAGCACGGUGUCCCAGUACGACCGGGAGGCCGGACAGUGGAACCGAUUCCGAGACGAUGAUUAUUUCCGCACUUGGAGUCCAGGAAAGGCCUUCGAUGGGGCUCUAGACCCAACUAAAGACCCGUGCUUAAGGCUGAAAUGUAGUCGCCACGAAGUGUGCAUUAUUCAAGGUUCUCAGACCGCAGUCUGCGUUGGUCAGCGGAGACUCACGCACAGUAUGAAAGAUGCAGGAGUUGGGCAGAAGCAGUGGAGGGGUCCCCGGACAUCCACCUGCCAGCAGUGCCUGGGGGUCUCUACCAGCCCCGUCUGUGGUUCAGAUGGACAUACCUACUCUGCUCAGUGCAAACUAGAAUACCAGGCAUGCAUCUUAGGAAAACAGAUCUCAGUCAAGUGUGAAGGACGUUGCCCAUGUCCUUCAGAUACGACCAUGGGCUCAAGCAGGAAUAUGAAGAGAGCCUGCAGUGACCUGGAGCUCAGGGAGAUGGCCAGCAGACUGCGGGACUGGUUCAAGGCCCUGCAUGAGAGUGGGAGCCAGAACAAGAAGACGAAAGCAUCGCUGCGGCCGGAGAGAAGCAGAUUUGAUACCAGUAUUUUGCCAAUUUGCAAGGAUUCACUCGGCUGGAUGUUUAACAGACUUGAUACAAACUACGACCUGCUCCUGGACCAGUCGGAGCUUGGGAGCAUUUACCUGGACAAGAACGAGCGGUGCGCGGAGGCCUUCUUCAGCUCCUGUGACACGUACAAGGACAGCUCCAUCUCCAACAACGAGUGGUGCUACUGCUUCCAGAGGCAACAAGACCCACCUUGCCAGACGGAGCUCGGCAGUAUUCAGAAGCGGCUCGGGGUGAAGAAGCUCCUCGGACAGUACGUCCCCCAGUGUGACGCAGAUGGUUACUACAGGCCGGCGCAGUGCCACGGCAGCGCUGGGCAGUGCUGGUGCGUGGACCGAUACGGAAGGGAAGUCGCGGGGUCCAGGCGGCGCGGUGCUGCAGACUGUGCUAUUGAUUUUGAGAUCUCUGGAGAUUUUGCAAGUGGAGAUUUCCGUGAAUGGGCUGCUGAUGACGAUGAAGAUGACAUUAUGAACGAUGAAGAUGAAAUUGAAGAUGAUGAUGAGGAUGAAGGGGAUGAUGAUGAUGGUGGUGACCAGGAUGGAUACAUCUGAUGGAUGAGAGCUGAGAGCAACAAAUUCUAUGUUUCUUUUAUUUACCAAGUGAUCCCCUACUGAGGAGUACCUUCUUGCCCCAAAACAAAAUGAUUCUAAAACUCACUUAUAUUUUGUAUAAUUAUUUCAAAUAUUGCAACUAAAGUCAUAGAACUUUAUGUUUAGAGAAGUAUCAUUUACUUUGAGUUUUUAUAUGAAAAAGAGAACACAUAUGGAGUCCAGCCAGACAAGAGAAAGUUAUGCAGAGCUACUGAUCUAUGUGAAUCUGCCACAAACAAAACAACCAGUGCUUGAGGUCAUAUGUGAUAUUUUUCUGGGAGAAAUUCUAAGUUGAAUCUACAAUAACAUACUAGUGACCUGGAUUCUAAGGAUUUUAUAAAAAUAUGCAUGACCUUAAUUGCAGUUUCCAAGUAGACUCUUCCCAGAGCUGGAGUGAUUUAGAGGUGAGUGAGGGAAUAGCACAAAGUGAGAAGAACAAAGUCACCAUCCUGGAGACCUCCACCAUGUUUGUAUGUUUUUAGUUAUGAAGUUUUAGUGAUGUUUUUAGUUAUGAAGUUAUUCUGGAUGUGACCAGAUAGCUUACAAAAUGGCCAGUAGGGAAAAAACGUGGAUUUUGAAAGUUAAAAACAUAGUUGUCCUUUCUAAUUUUUAUUUUAAUUUAGACGGCAGUCUCAUGUUGAUUUGUUUGAUAAUCUUAACCAGCAUGAUUUCUUUAUCUUUCUAGAUUUCUUUAUCUUUCUAGGUUUCUUUAUCUUUCUGACCAGCAACUUAGGGUGCAGAACUUAAAGUGGAAAGACAAAGGGAAAGAUUCUUUUAAACCGUAUUUUUACAAAAAGUUUGUCAUUUGCCCCAAUAUCAAACUUAAAAAUCUUCAUUCGUAUUUUAUUUCCUGUGUUAGAUAAAUAUUUGCAUUUAAUCUAAGAAUUAUGCCAUUUUUGUUACUAGUGUCGAAACUUCGAGAACAUACUGUGCGGUGCCUUGCAAAAUAGACGUAGAAAGGCUUCAGCAUGCAUCCCCACACAGGACAUCAGGCCAUACAUAGGCACACCUAAUCACAAGUUAACACCCGUCCUGGUACUGCUGCUGGAAUGAAGAAAAUAGAAUACUUUCUUUCUUUUUUCUACUGUUACAUAGUUACCAUGUGGACUUGUUUAUGAUUAUUGUGUGGAGUAGCAUUUCAGAUUUAACUGCAACGAAAAUUAAUUGUUGUAUUUAAGUUAGCAUGUUAAUUAAUCGUGUAGCCCUUCUGGUACACCAUCACUUUUAAGGAGAUCAGACCUGUGGUUUUGUGCCCAUAAUACAAGUGGAAAAACCUGUUGGGUGUUACACACUGGUGUCACCACUUAAACAGUGGGUCAGCUGGUUUCCCAGUCUACAAUCCACUGAAAUAAAGUUGUUGGAGUCUUUCUAUUUGAUUUAUAUACACUAAGAAAAAAAUCUUUAAUGUUAACUUUAUGUAAUAUUUAAGGUAAAAUGCAUUUUCUUUUUUACUGUUUAUGUAGUUUACAAA